AUGUUUGUACACUCUCCCAAUUCAACACGUCCAAAUUGUACGUCACAACCCAAUUUAACAGAUAAUUCUGACAACAUCAAUACUGAAACUGGAACCUUGACUGAAUUAGAUAAUCGUUCAACUCCUACUUGUCCUCAGUCUAAUAUUGAAAUUUGUUCUACCACUAUUAAACUUCCCCAAUUUUGGACAAAUUGUCCGGAAGCGUGGUUUAUCCAUGCUGAAAUGCAAUUUGCAAAUAAGAAAGUAACACAGGACAUUACUAAAUAUGAGUAUGUUGUUACUGCUUUACCUCAAGAUGUAAUAGUAACUGUACUUGACAUUAUACAGAAUCCUCCUUCAGGUAAUCGCUACGAUCAUUUAAAGAAGAUCCUUAUUGAAAGACAUUCUAUGAGUGAAAAUACAAAAUUAGAUAAAAUAUUGUCUGAUUCUGAGAUGGGAGAUCAAAAACCAUCUGAAUUUUAUAGAAAAUUACCAAAUAAUGUAAAUGUUGUCUUGACUGGUUCCAAUUUAACAGAUAUGAAUGAAUUAACACGCUUAGCUGAUAACAUAUGGGAAGCGCUACAAGGUAAUAAGAUAGCAAGUAUUAGAUAUACUACUCCAAUACAUUCUGCAAAUUCGUAUAGUCUAGAAAAGGUUGUUGAAAAUCUAGUACAAGCUUCUACCAAUAUUUGUAAUAGCUUCAAUAAUCUUUCAUUAGACAUAGCUUCAAUAACAAAUCAGAAGUCUACGAAAAGUACUCGCAAACGACCAUGUGAGAAGUUAGUGAAUUAUGAAAGUGACAAAAUAACUUGGAGAAAUGUACAUGAUAGUGCCACUAGUGUUAUAGGUGAUAACAAAGAGAAGGAAUUUCGCAGUGAUGUUGGAAAUACUGUAGAUUAUAGUACAAAAUUUAAAAAGAAAACUCUUGAAGCCAAAGAAGCUCAUUUUAUUGAGGCAUUAGCACAGAAAUACGAAAUAACCUAUUAUAACAAUACCAACUGCAAAAAUAAUUACACAAACAACAAUAACAAUCUAAUAAGCAAUAAUAGUAACAAUAAUGGUACCAACAGCAAUGAGUUUUGGCAAAUGGCACGAUUAUGCAUGCAACGACCAAUGAACAGUGAUCAAAAUAACAAAGUACAACAGCAACAAGAACAUAUUCAUCAGCAGCAAUUGACACGUUUGCCAACUUUUUACUAUCGACAGCAACAAUUUCUUCUAUCACCAGCCGAACAGAGUCAACAACAAAAUAAUUUAUCGCCAUCAUUUCCAGCCACACAGCACGGGUACCUACAUCUUCAAGCAGUACAAAACAGUAAAUGUCAUAAUAAUUAUUCCAACGAAAUAUUACAAUCGCAGUCACCCCAUUCUUCCAGUCAUACACCGCUGUCAACGGUAGUAAACACUCCCGAAUCCUCUGCUAACUUUGCUUCAUCCUACAUCAAUAUGCGCCAGAAUAACCACGAUCCAACAAGUAAACCACAAACUUGUCCCAAUGGAAUUGGUUAA